AUGUCCGGUCGCGGCAUCGCCAUUGCCUCUGCGGGGCGCGGCCUCGGCCGCGGCUUCGGCGGCCGGGGCAAGGGCAAGGGCUCGCCCGGCGGCGCGAAGCGGCCCCACUCCGGCGGCGGCAAGGGCAAGGGCGGCGGCCACCGGUCCAAGUUCCCGCGGCGCGAGGCGACGCCCGGCGAGAAGCUCGCGCGGGAGAUCGUCGCCUGUUGCCGCGGCAACGACUUCGCGGCGGCGGCGGCUAAAUACCGCGCGGCCAAGGCGGAGUCCGCGGACUUCCGCCCCGAGGCCCAGGCCUGCCAGUCGCUCCUCGCGCUCUGCUCCGGCGUCGCGCGGCGCGAGCGCGACGCGCCCAAGGGCACGCCCUGGAGCGAGGGCCUCGCGGCCGCGGCCGCGCCCGCGGCGGCCGGCGGCGACGCGGCGGACGAGGCGGCCGGCGGCGACGCGGCGGACGAGGCCGCCGCCGACGGCGCCGCCGGCGGCGCCGCGGCCGCCGACGACGGCGACGCCGCCGACGACGGCGACGCGGCCGCCGACGGCGCGCCGCCGACGGACAGCGGCGCGAAGCGCGCGUUCGCGUUCGAGCUCUUCGACGACAUGCGGGCCGCGGGCAUGGAGCUCGGCGAGGCGACGUUCACCAUGCUCGUGCGCGUCUGCGCCGUCGACGACGCGCCCGCCGAGGCCGAGGGCGUCCUCGCGAAGAUGAAGGCCCGGAACCUCAAGCUCAAGCUCCGGACGUUCAGCCCGCUCCUCAAGCUCCGGUGCCGCCGCGGCGAGCUCGCCGAGGCGCUGGCCGUCGCCGCCGAGUGCCGCGACAAGGGCAUCGAGCUCAGCGAGGCCGAGCACGUCGCGCUCGUCGACUGCCGCGCGGGCCGCCUCGAGGCCGGCGGCGACGCGGCCUCGCUGCCCGGCGCGUCCGUGCUCGACGACCUCGCCGCGGACUGCCACGCGCCGAGCCGCGCCGCCUGGCCCGCCUGCCGGCGCUACUGCGCGGCGCUCGGCCUCACGGCCUGCGCCGAGGAAUCGGCCGUGUCCGGCGACGGCGCGUGCGCGGUCACCGGCGCGAAGCUCCGGUCGCUCGACCUCUCGGAGGCCGAGCGGGCCCUCCUCCUGGAGCAGAUCGAGGGCCUCGUGCCCGCCGUGGACGCCAAGUUCGAGGGCCAGUCCAGCGCGCAGGAGCUCGAGCGGCUCGCGGGCCGGCGGAUGGCGCAGUGGCGGACGUUCAAGGCGUGGCUCGCCAAGGCGGGCGCGCCCUACGACUGCAUCAUCGACGGCGCCAACGUCGGCUACCACGGCGCGAACUACGCCGGCGCGCCCGACGCCGUCGACUUCCGCCAGGUCGACGCGGUGCUCCGGAAGUGCAUCGACGGCGGCCGCCGCGCGCUCGUCGUGCUCCACGCGCGCCACCUCCAGGACGACCGCCUCCCGGCGAGCGCGAGGCCCGUGCUCCACGCCUGGCGCCGGUCCAAGAGCCUCUACUCCUGCGCGCUGCGGAACAACGACGACUGGUACUGGCUCUACGCCGCCGUCGCCGCGGGCCCCGGGUCGCUCCUCGUGUCCAACGACGAGAUGCGCGACCACCACUUCGGCAUGCUCUCGGCGCGCGCGUUCCUCGUGUGGAAGGAGCGCCACCUCGCCAAGUUCGAGCUCGGCGGCUGGCGCCGCGACGGCGGCCGCGACGUCACGAUCCACGACCCGCCGCCGUUCUCCGUCCGCGCGCAGCGCAACGACCCGGGCGAGGCGCUCGCGCGCUGGCACCUGCCCGCGCUGCCGCCGCCGCCGGCGGCGGCGCCGGCGGCGGGCAAGUACGGGCCCGCCGACAAGCCGCGCGGCCGCGACGCCGCCAAGUCCACGGUCGUCGUCCACCGGCCGAAGCUCGACGCCGUCAAGUGGCUCGUCUGCUCCAAGCCCUAG